CAGACCGGACAAUUUGAGCGCAGCUACGCACAAGAGCCAGAUCAAACCUACCUGGGAACUCUGGAGUUCAGCCUGCUUUUUGACCAAGAAAAUAAUUGCUUGCACUGCACCAUCCACAAGGCCAAGGGGUUGAAGGCCAUGGACUCCAAUGGACUGGCAGAUCCAUAUGUGAAACUCCACCUCCUGCCUGGAGCCAGCAAGGCAAAUAAAUUGCGCACCAAGACUUUAAAGAACACGCUGAAUCCAGUGUGGAACGAAACCCUCAUCUAUCACGGCAUCACGGCUGCUGACAUGACCACCAAAACCCUCAGGCUGUGUGUGUGUGAUAUGGAUCGUUUAGGACGGAAUGAGUUCAUAGGUGAAAUCAGGGUGGCCCUCAAGAAACUGAAGGAGGGAGAGAGCAAGAAAUACUACAUGGGCCUUGAGAGAAUUGCACAGACUCGGGAUGGUAACAGCCAGGCAGUGGAUCAUGGGGCUCUUGUUGCAGAAGAGGAGCGUGGUCGUAUCCUGGUCUCUCUGAUGUACAUCACAGAGAAGAGUUCUCUGAUUGUGGGAAUUAUUCGCUGUGCUCACCUUGCCGCCAUGGAUUCGAAUGGCUACUCGGACCCCUUUGUCAAAAUUAUUUUGCAGCCUAACAUGGGGAAAAAGUCCAAAUACAAAACCUCAGUGAAGAAGAAGACAUUAAACCCAGAGUUUAACGAGGAGUUUACCUAUGAAGUCCCGCAUGAUCAGCUGGCCAAGAAAACCCUGGAGAUCUCAGUCUGGGACUACGACCUGGGCAUGAGCAAUGACUUCAUAGGUGGCGUUGAAUUGGGGGUUAACGCAAAAGGAGAGAGACUGAAACACUGGUUUGAGUGUCUAAAAUACAAAGGAAAGAAAGUGGAGUACUGGCACACACUGACACAGCAAGGAGCCCCUUGCAGUGACUAACACACGUGUUAAUUCUCUGCUAAGUAAUACAAAAUAAUGGAGUAAUAAUGAUAAAGAAAUGCAAUAAUGCUCAGUCUGAGAAUGAUGAUGAUGAUGACGUUCCAUAUUAAUGUGUGAGAAAAAGCAUAAUAAUCUAUUGUACAGCUAAGUGUCACAUUCUUUUGUGAUGAGAAAGAAGCAAGUGUGAUCACAAGCCCGGAUUAUGACGCACAAAGAAUCUUCCCCUUUUUCUGGUCUACACGUCACUAAUGUGAAGUCGUACUGUGUUGUGACUAUGCCACAGGAGCUCAUGCCAUAUUAUAGUGUUAUUGUUUAUUACAUGUUAAACGUGUAAUAGCAUCCUGGUGUUUGUUACAGUUGGUGGUGCCGUAAUUCUGCACACUGUCGAAGCACAACACAUCCAGCUGACUGUAAAUGUCUGUGUGUACCUAUGUAUUUACCUUUGUGAUUUGUUACGAAUGAACGUUUACAGUCUCUUCCAGUCCGACAAAAACAUGAUGCACAGGAAAAGCACAAGGGACGGCGCAUGAAGGAACUCUUAAGCAAUGAAAAGGACUGUCUAUGGAUUUACACAUUCGCUCAAGAACUGCCGCCCGUCACUUUUGAGCAGAACCAAACGACAGUUCCUCGUCGUGAAUGUGUGGGCGAGUGUGUGUGUCUGUGAAUGUCCCUGUCUAUGUUUUGUCUUUGUAUGUGUUUUUUGUUGAAUGUUUGUAUAGUCUUUAAAAAAAAAAAAGCGCUGAUGCACAUUGACAGACUUUUUCGCUUUCCUCUCCGGCACCCUCUACUGGUUUAGAGGUCUAACCGCCAGUACAGAGGGUGAAUUGCCUCUGGCAGGCCUCAUGCACAACUGCACGCCCCAUUAGGGGUUAAAUUAGCAAUCAAAUGAAGCCUUUGAAGGACAAACUACCUGUCAAGGACAACUUUGGGUUGCACAAGAGUCAGAACACAAAACCUGGGUUGAUUUGCUUUGUCAUCCCGACAGUUAGCUCUGUGAAAAGAUGCACAUUUCUUGCCAUGCGUGGGGAUUGGGCUAUAAUUGUAUCCAUGUGAUAGCAUUUAUUAGCUAUUUAUAACAUUCAAAUCAUCAACUUUUGAUCUAGUCUUGACUGAAGAGAUUUUAGGCAUUCAAUUGCACUUUAAUUAUUGUUAACCUCUUCCGUUCAUGGCCCUCAUCCCUCAUUCCAAACUUAUAGAGUUCUUUAACAUUUGAGUUAUCAAAUGAAUGACUUAUACGCUGUAUAAUUAUCAAAUGUUAUUCUAAGCAGCUGCAUGCCAAGUGAAUGUCACAUAUGCUUUGAUGGACCACCGAUCUGAAGUGCUUAUGUUUGUCGUAAUAUCCAUCAAUGGGUCCAUCUAAGGGUAUUUUAUUUUGCUCAGUGAACUGGGACAA